UCACGGUAUGUAUCUAGCAGCUUACGACUACGAACGUGCAGUCCUAGAAGAGACAGAGAGAGGGCGUUGACCAUCUAAGCCACAACAUCUCUCCUUGGGAAGAGCUGCGUGUCAGAGGGGCAGACUUGUCUUUGAAUUUCAACCGUCCCCAUCAGCCUGGGUAGUUUGGAGGGCGUCGGCCCAGAUGCGGGAUGCCUCCUCCAACCUACAACUACCCGACGAAGCCGCCCGAAUCCCCGGCCGAUGAUUCCGACUCAGACCUCGAAAUCGAUCUUCAGGAGCUCGACCCAACUACGACCAGUACGGGCAACUCUCGCGAGCGGCGGGGUCCUGGGCUUCUGGGCUACGACCGCAAUACCGUUGAACAGCCGGCUCCCAGAAUAGCUCUGCGCAAACUUCGUAUGGGUGGUCUACGACGAACUGGGAAUCGCAACAGGGAAUAUGGAGAGCUGGGUCAAGGCAGGGAUGGGCAGGACGAGGGCGAGGGCUCAGAAGCGCACCUAGCAGAUGGAGAAGGGUAUGUGUCGCGCUACUCGGAUGGCAGCGGAGGUGGCGGUGACGACGACGCCCCUCUGCUCAGUGGGCAUGGCGGCCGGGGAAGGAGGCGCCGCUCGUUCACAAACGAGAGCCUUCGGGGCCUGGCAACCAGUUUACGGCUGCCGAGCUUCAUGUCCGGGGGGGGGGGAGAGCAAAGGGACGAUCAGAGCGACGACCAGGAUGAAGACGACCCGUCAUCUUCCAGAGUCGUGGUAGUGGGUGCCGUCCAAUCGACGCGCUUCCCUCCGAACACCAUAUCGAAUGCGAAAUACACACCGCUCAGCUUCCUACCUGUUACCCUCUAUAACGAAUUCUCCUUCUUCUUCAACAUGUAUUUCCUCCUGGUUGCCCUAUCACAGGCGAUACCGCAGCUGAGGAUAGGAUACCUGUCCACAUACAUCGCACCGUUGGCCUUUGUAUUGGUUAUCACUCUCGGAAAAGAAGCUUACGACGACAUCGAGAGGCGCAGGAGAGAUAACGAGGCCAACUCUGAAGAAUACACCAUUCUGCAGUUCGUCGAGCCCGGCAGCCGGGUAUUAUCCACUCGGCCCAACAAGAAGUUGAAGUCGGCCUCGAUAAAGAAGGGGUCAAAAAGGAGGACCCAGGAGAGAGACCGCCUGUCGGAUAUCCAGGAAGAGGAGGAGCAGAUUGAGGCCGACGGCACCUGGAGGCAGCCCCCAUAUUCCGUCAACGAGAUCAGUCGGAAGUCGCGCGACCUCAAAGUCGGCGACGUGCUAAAACUCACCAAAGGGCAGCGUGUGCCAGCAGACGUUAUUAUUCUAAAAUGUCUAGCGCAGGAGUCGUCGAAUCCGAUGGCGGCCGUGGAAGAACCCCCAAAGGAGGACGAGCCGCUCUUAGUUGACCAUGUUGGCCAGUCUGAUGAGGCGACUUCGGCAGCAAAUAGCGGCGGAAACGAAGAAACCCAACCCGGCGCAGAGGGGAGUUCGACGGGCGAGACGUUCAUCCGAACGGACCAGUUGGACGGCGAGACGGACUGGAAGUUGCGCCUGGCAUCUCCCCUGUCGCAAAACCUGCCAGUAGAGGAGCUGAUUCGCCUGCGUGUUACUGGAGGGAAGCCGGAUAGGAAGGUCAACGAGUUUGCGGGAACAAUCGACUUGGUCCCUUCAAGACAGGAUGCCAUCGCUGGGGGCGCAUCUGAUGAUGCCACAGGCAAUGAUCACACCAGCUCGGCACCCUUGUCGAUUGAUAACACUGCGUGGGCCAAUACGGUUAUUGCAUCCCAGGCAACGACUCUGGCUGUGAUUGCCUACACGGGCCCCCAAACCCGAUCAGCUCUCUCAACGUCACCGUCGCGGUCGAAGACGGGUCUUCUGGAAUAUGAAAUCAACUCCCUGACCAAAAUCCUCUGCUUCCUGACCUUGGGCCUCUCCAUCAUCCUGGUUGCCCUGGAGGGUUUUGGCAGCACGAAGGGCAACGUGUGGUAUAUCAAGAUCAUGAGGUUCCUGGUCUUGUUCUCCACGAUCGUGCCCAUCAGUCUCCGGGUGAACCUGGACCUUGGAAAGAGCGUGUACUCGUGGUUCAUUCAGCGUGAUCCGGGCAUUCCAGGUGCCGUUGUGCGGACCAGUACAAUACCAGAAGACCUGGGCCGAAUCGAAUACCUCCUGAGUGACAAGACGGGGACCUUGACGCAAAACGAGAUGGAGAUGAAGAAGAUACACGUCGGAACCGUCUCGUACGCCAACGAUGCGAUGGACGAAGUUUCCACUUACAUCAAGCAGGGCUUCUCCCUCUCUCCAGCGGACCCGGGGACCAGCUCAUCUUUGGUCACGCCAUCCUCGGCGCUCUCUGCGACCGCCAAUGUGGGAGCCACGCGCACACGUCGGGAAAUUGGCUCUCGGGUGCGCGAUGUCGUCUUGGCGCUAGCUCUAUGUCACAACGUUACUCCAACCACCGAGGAGGAAGAUGGGAAGGUCGUCACCUCGUAUCAAGCGUCAUCCCCGGAUGAGAUUGCCAUAGUCAGGUGGACCGAAUCUGUUGGCCUACGUUUGACUCACAGAGACCGCCGGGGAAUGCUCCUCGAAUCCUCGGAAACUAGCCGACCGGUUGUCCAAGUCCGGAUACUUGACGUAUUCCCCUUCACUUCGGAGGGGAAGCGAAUGGGGAUCGUUGUCCAGUUCUACGAACACUCGCAGUCUCGACUCCCAGAUGUUGACAGUGGCGAGAUAUGGUUCUACCAGAAGGGUGCCGAUACUGUCAUGGGUUCCAUCGUCGCAGCCAACGAUUGGCUCGACGAGGAGACGGCGAACAUGGCUCGCGAGGGCCUCCGCACUCUGGUGGUCGGACGGAAACGCCUAUCCCCGAGUCAGUACCGGGAGUUCUCGUCAAAGUACCAGGAAGCCUCCCUAGCCAUCAGUGGCCGAGACUCGAGCAUGCAGUUUGUCGUCUCCCAAUAUCUGGAGCACGACCUCGAGCUUCUGGGUGUUACAGGAGUCGAGGACAAGCUCCAGAGGGACGUCAAGCCGUCUCUCGAACUUCUCCGCAAUGCCGGCAUCAAGAUCUGGAUGUUGACCGGCGACAAGGUCGAGACGGCAAGGUGCGUGGCUGUCAGCUCGAGGUUGGUCGCGCGUGGCCAGUACAUCUACACAAUUGCCAAGCUCAAGGGGAGGGCGGCGGCCCAGGACCACCUAGACUUCCUUAGGAGCAAGACCGACGCUUGCCUGUUGAUCGACGGGGAAAGCCUUAAUCUGUUCCUGACCCACCUCAGGGUCGAGUUCAUCUCGGUUGCAGUCCAACUCCCCGCCGUCGUUGCUUGCCGAUGCUCGCCCAUGCAGAAAGCCGAGGUGGCGAAGCUCAUCAAGGAAUACACGAAGAAGCGGGUGUGCUGCAUUGGCGACGGCGGCAACGACGUCUCCAUGAUCCAGGCAGCUGAUGUCGGCGUCGGCAUCGUCGGCAAGGAAGGACGGCAGGCCAGUCUCGCGGCCGACUUUUCCAUCGAGCAGUUCCACCACCUGACCAAACUCCUGGUGUGGCAUGGCCGCAACAGCUACAAGAGGAGCGCCAAGCUUGCCCAGUUCGUCAUCCAUCGUGGCUUGAUCAUCGCUGUGUGUCAGACCAUGUAUAGCAUCGCCCUGAACUUUGAGCCCGAAGGACUCUACAAGGACUGGCUUCUCGUCGGCUACGCGACCGUGUACACGGCAGCCCCCGUCUUGUCUCUCGUCUUGGACAAGGAUGUCGAUGAGAAUCUUGCGAAUCUCUACCCCGAGCUGUACAAGGAGCUCACGUCCGGGCGGUCACUCUCCUACCGCACCUUCUUCGUCUGGGUCUUCGUGUCCAUCUACCAAGGGAGCAUGAUCCAGGGUCUCUCGCAGAUCCUGACCGAGGUCGACGGAAAGAGGAUGGUGACCGUCAGCUACAUAGUCUUGGUCCUUAACGAGCUGCUCAUGGUCGCCAUCGAGAUCACGACGUGGCACUGGGUCAUGGCUCUCUCCAUUGUCGGCACCUUCCUCGUCUUCGUCGGGUCGGUCCCGUUCCUCGGAACCUACUUCGAUCUCGAGUUCAUCCUCACGCUCGGUUUCCUCUGGCGCGUCUCUGCGAUCGCGGCUGUCUCUCUGAUCCCCCCCUACGCUGGGAAACUCAUCAGCAGGACGAUGAAGCCUCCGUCGUAUAGAAAGGUCCAGGGCAUAUGAGCGGGUCUCGUAUUUCACGAUAUCAUUGCAUCGUACGGCGUUGGGGGAGGGCAUUUGUCACAACUCGUGUGUAAGACGGCGUGGGAUGAAGUAUCAGUGUAGUCAUCUUUGUAGCUCUACAUUGCAAUGACACAAUACCAUGGACGCAAGGCAUAC